GUUAGGCUAAGUCGGUGUCUUCGUUGUUUGAAGGACAUAGGCCGUCGAAUUUGUGACUUUGGCAAAGAUUGACAUCAUGGCAGGCGCAGAAAAUGAAGGCCAAUUCCAGUUCACUGGUAUUAAGAAGUAUUUCAACUCAUACACUCUCACGGGUAGAAUGAAUUGUGUGCUGGCCACAUAUGGAGGCAUUGCUUUGCUGGUCUUAUACUUUAAGUUAAGGUCUAAAAAGACUCCAGCUGUGAAAGCAACAUAAAUGGAUUCUAAAUUUUCUGAGCUCAUCUGUUAAAUUCCCAAGCCUGGAGAAGCUAAUGUCAACUCAUCAUGUAAUAUUCAAUUUGUACAAUAAAUUAUGAACC